AUGCCUCCUAGAUUACCAGGACAAGCCAGCUCAUGGCGGCCGGUCGCUGAAUCCGUCUCGUCACACUUUUUUGCCCCCUCGGCCCCGGCGACGUCGACGAUAAUAUCUUCAACACAAACCUCCACACAGAGGUGUCCCAACAAUGCAAGGGCCUUCUCCGCAACGGCCCCGGCGUCCGGACGUCUAGGUCGCAAGCAGAUGCGGCAAUGGAUGAAGCAAAACGAGCACAAGUACAAGAACGUCGAUAUAAGGUCCAAUCAGGGCCCGCAAUACAUUUCCGGGAACUCGUCCCAACCUUUCCCACUCAACCCGCACUUCAGGAGCGCACCGGUUCUCUCUGAGAGCGCGCGUGAGCUUGUCUGGGAAAAGGUCAUGAUCAAGGGCGAGCCGAUGAAGUCGGUCUCGGCCGAGCUCGGCAUCGACAUCAGGAGGAUCGGCGCAGUCGUGAGACUCAAGGAGGUCGAGAAGGACUGGAUCGCAAAUAACAAGCCCCUCGCCCGUCCCUACGCAAAGGCAUUUAUGUCUAUGCUCCCGCAAACAACCUACGACGAUCCUAAUGUUCAAAAACACCAUGAGCAAUUCAACGAGGUUGUCGUGCACCCAUACACUCAGCAACAACUCUUCUUCCCAGUCUCCGAGUCACGCGACUUCACCCGUGAGGAUGCCGCCAAGGCCUUUAACCGCCACCUCAAGUCGACCGAUGAGCGUAUCCCUCACCCGGAGCUCGUGCAGAUGGAGCGCCAGAUCAACGUCGAGGGUGUCGCGCCUCUGGAUGCAGCCAAGGCUUUCCGCCAAGCUACCGCCGAGGCUGAGCGAAAGAUCGCUGAGAGGGCAGCGAACGCUGCAAAGAAGGAGGCUAGCCUCAUCACCAGUGUGCACGACAAGCGUGGUGUUGAGUUCAGGUUCAAGGACUACAACGUCGAUGAAGUUGGUCACAACGGCAGGGGCCUGAAGGGUGUCGGUGUCAGGUAUGGUGUCGCGUCGUAUGAUCGCAAGAGGGGCGAGGUCAAGAUCCCUACCUCAGUGGAGUAA